AUGGUGCUGAACGGUCCGCUCAACGGGCUGGUAAAUGCGCCGCUAACCGAAUUGCUUCAAAAGUGGGAGGCCAAAAGGAUAAACUUAUGCAACGUAUGUCUCUGCCUCCACCACUUGAAAAAAAAUAUACUCUUAAAAUGGGGAGACAGAAGGGACUUUCUAUUAAGCAGCAUCAAUGAGGAGACGAUUACGAAAGUGGUAGAACUACUGGACGUGAACCAAAGCGGAACUGUUGCAAGCAGCACAAAAGAUAAGUAUUUCUUUCUAGCAUUUGUAACGUUCGUCUUUAACACGGAAAAUGAACUCUUAAGGAGAAGCUGCGAUAUGGCCAAAGAGGUAGAGGAAAAUUACUGCAAGAUUUACAAUCAAGAUACCGGAGGUGGAAAAAAAAACAAAGGCAAAAGAACUGAUGAGGAAUCACAACUAAAGGGGACACUACAAAAAACUAUGGAGGAUGAUAAGAAGCACUUGUUGGAGAAACAGUUAGGGCAUGACCAAGUGGAAAAGGCAAAGGACCAAUCACUACACCCCAAUAACGUGUUCGACCAGUUUGAUGUACUCAUAAAAAGGACAGUCGAUCUGGAGGUAAACCACACACAAGGGGAAGUGAACAAAUUGCUAAGUUGUAAAAUUUACGUAUUUUACGUUUUCUUAAAAUUCAUAUUUGUCCUUACAAAGGACUGCCCCCAAAUGAGCAAGUAUUAUUUGAAGCGUGUGAGGAAUAUCCUACAGAUCCUGAUGACCAUACAGUUGGGAUUCCUGCAACAGAAUGAAUAUCUUGUUCACCUUGCAAACGUCACCCUGCUCCUCAUUGUACAUACAAAUAUUCCCGCCGUGAAAGAUUGCGAAAGAGAAUUCUUAAAUUUUUUAAUUAUGCAGUUAAACAGGAAGAAGUACUCUCUACAAACAAUUGAACAAAUAUUAGCUACCUAUUUAAACAAAAAAAAAAAUAUCAAUUUAAAUGACGAAAUUUAUAAAAAGUUACAAAAUUAUUCCAAUGAUAAUAUCAACUUAUUUUUAACAUAUGGGAAAAAAGAAAACUUGUUUUUUUUCUUCAACCUUUUGUGUCUUUUUAAUAGUUUACUCCAUAACAGGGUUAGCAACUCAAAUGAGCAUAUUCAUUUUGUAAAGCCUGUAGAAUGCGUUAACAUAAAUGUAAGCAUUAAGGACAUGCUGGGCCACGUACAGAAAGUGCUCAACUACUUGGGGACCUUGUGUAGGGGUUAUUUGGCCAACAAAACAAAAGUGGACGUAUCUCUCAACGGGGGAGGGACAUACGUCUAUUGUAAGGAUGAAUCACCACAGGAAGAAUUUACCAUUGAAGAGAUCCUAAAAGGGAAGCAUCCACACGACUUUCUCCACGGAGAGUUCCCCAACCGGGAGAAAAAUAAACAGCUACCCAACCUCUUUACCUACAUAAUUGACAACGUGUUCUCCUUUUUUCGGGGCCUCAUAAAAGAACAAGACGCAGAAUCGAUAAGCAUGAACGUAAAGCACUUGGUGGAUUUUUUAAAAAUAUUCUUCAUGCACAAUAACGAGUCUGAUUUAUUUUUAAUAAAUUUUGUUGGAACAAAUUUUUGUACUUACUUUAAAGAAUUGCUGGAGAAGUGCCCGUCUGCUUUAGACGAAUUGGUCAGCUAUGUUAUGUGCCUCUUUAGGGUUGUAAAGAUGUUGACCCAAAAUACGCUUCACACAGCGGCAGCGGGAAAAUUAAUGAACAUUCUGCGCAGAAUACGGGAAGUUGAGGGGGGUGCAAGUUGCUCAAAUGGAGAAAGUAACCAAAGCGGGAAAAAAGGAAUCUUCCUCGAGGAAAGUAUCAUCCACAGAUUAUACAACAACGCUGUUCACACCCUCUACGUUUUCCUCAAAAAUGUAGAAACCUACUCAAAUGAACAGAUGAAAGAAAAGAUUUUUAUCCAAUACGAGCACUUCCUAUUUUGCAUCCUUGAUAACGAGACGAAUGCCAACCUUGAUCUGAUUUUUCGAAACAGCUCUUCCCUCUACGUAACGUUAAAGUUGUUUUUAAUUUUGCUCAAGCUUCACAAAUUUGACUUUGAAAAUGUACAUAACUUAUUUUUUAAGUUGAUCAAAUUGGAGAAGGAACUCCCCACAGCCAGUCAACAAGGACCCUCCCUUUUUUAUAAAAAUGCCCUACACAGUAAUGCAGCGUUAGUACAAAAAAUUAAGACAUUCAUUUUAGCCAAUUUGGAUUUAAUUGCGCGCGGGACGGGGGAGACCAAAGUGGAAAAGGUGAAGCGUCUAGAAAGGUUGGCAAAGUCAGACGUGUUAGAACGGGCCGAUAUUUUGUCCCAGUUUGAGCGCCCCAUCAAAGGGAGCAAUGUUUGGGGGAAGCUACAAACAGACCUCAAAGACAGUCAACACUAUGCGCAAGUACACGACCAGAUGAAUACCCCCUACAACGGAAAGGGAAAAAACAAAAGGGUGCUCGAAAAGAUCAAACGGCAAGGGGAAACCAACGAAAUAUGGGAAAACGCACAUGCGGAAGAUACGUCGUCGAGUGGCAUCACCACGGAUGAACAUUUUGAAGAGGAAAGGACGCAGCGGCCAACAAAAAACAACUCCUUCAUCAAUCAAACGGAAAAAUUUAAGAUAAAAAAAAAAAAAAAAAAAAAAAUUAAGCGUGCGGAACAGGAAGACACCGCUUCCAAUGUGCAGCCUGAGAUGGCGAAUUCGAGUUUGAAAAAAGCGUGGCGUUCAGAGUUGGCCAACGUGGAUGAGGAAAGAGUUGACACAGGGGAGGGGGAUGACGACGCUGCGAGCGAUACGGCAAACGCAUCCCGCCAGGAUUACACCGUUGAGGGGACAAGCAAAAAAAACAAAAAAAUGCUGCAAAGCGGGAAGCAUGACGAGCAACAGGACGAGACGCUCGAAACAAAUCGCAGCAGCCACGCGGAGGGCGGGCCCGCAAAUUUAAAAGAGCUAGCAGAUAACGUAAAAAUGGUGUCGUCGUCCGAUGCCAUGAAUUCCCUGCAGUUCAUGAAGCAGUCCAUCCUAAAUGACUUAUAA